CUUUGAAGUAAAAAAAAAGAAAGAAUAAAAUUAUAAAAAAACAUCAUCCUCGUGAUAAGAUCUGGAGAACCAAUUGAUUCCAUCAACAACAAUGGAACUCACCGGCGCCGGCAGCGGCAGCGGCGUUCCGGUACCGGUAGCACUCGCGGCGUGUGCCGGCAUGACUAUAAUAUACGUCGGAAUACUUCACACCCCGACGUUAAUCCUCCGUCUACCGCCGCCGUCAUCCUAUAAAAGCUUCAUGAUCCGACGGUUCGUUUGUGCCGGAAUCUCAACCGUCGUUUCUCUUAUUGCUUGUGCUUUUAUUCUUCCUAUUAAGAGCUGGGAGGUGUCAGACAUGUUUAGCGCUUAUGGUAUUCAUCUACACCAUGCAUGGCAAGCUGUGGUCUUCCCUCUUUUCCUGACUUCUCUAAUGUAUGCCGGGUCAUUUUUACUAAAAAUCUUGUCAUUGUGGAGCUUAUGGGCCGAGCAACAGGAUCAUCAGAUAGAUCUGUCGCUUGAUGGCUUACAGAGUGUUCUUCGUGAGCUCAUUAACUGGAUGCUAUCAUUUGUUGACAAUAUUCCAGCAUGGAGAAUAUAUCUUGUGGCCCCCCUUACAGAAGAGUUGGUUUUCAGAGCUUGUAUGAUACCUUUGCUUCUAUGUGGAGGAUUUAUGCCAUAUACAGUUGUGCUUCUGUCUCCUGUUUUCUUUAGCCUAGCUCACUUAAACCAUUUAUUGGAGUUCUACCUGCAGCAAGAAAUCAGCUUGCUUAAAGCUUCAAUGGUUGUAGGUUUUCAGCUUGGAUACACUGUGAUAUUUGGGUCAUAUGCAUCGUUUCUCUUCAUCCGUACUGGACAUAUAGCGGCACCACUCAUGUCACAUAUGUUUUGCAAUUUCAUGGGCCUUCCUACAUUCUUUUCACGGAGGACAGGGAUGGUUAGUUUGGCAUUCAUUGUGGGGGCGGUUGGCUUCUUCUAUCUUUUGUUUCCACUCACUUCUCCAGGCUUGUAUAAUGAUAGAACAGAUGAUUGCAAAUGCUGGCAUAAAUAUUGUGAUUGGAGUUAGAGACUAUGCCACCGCUUAUUUGCAAAUGUAACUAUGUAAGCCCUUAAGACAAUUUGUUCUGAGUUUAUCAAAUUGUUAUUUUGGUUGCUUGAUUUUGACAUAGCUUAUCAAUCUCAGGUGUGUUGUACCUUCAACUAGACUCUCCAGGAUAUGAAACUAUGAAUCAGUUAUAGUUUUCAAAUAUUCGAAUACCUUUCCUGUAGGCUAGUAAUAUAUUUGUUUGACACAAAUGUUUUUGAUCAUUAAAAUUUACAUACUGUUUGGUUAA